ACCACCGCUGUCAGUCUUUUGAGAGAAGGUUACAAAAAUGUCACUAUUGUUGCCAAGCAUGUGCCUGGAGAUCUCUCCUCCGAAUAUACCUCUCCCUGGGCCGGUGCUUCUAUUCUUACCGUUGCUAAGCACGAUGAUCUCCGUCUCCAAGAAAUUGACAUGUAUACCAUGAAGGAAUUCAAGCGUCUUUGUGAGGAAGUCCCUGAAGCUCAUGUCAUGGCAUGUCCCGGUAUUCAAUACUGUCAAGAACCCGGUGUACCUGGUCAAGACGUUUAUUGGGUUCGCAGCAUUUACAAGGAUGUUAAAAAGAUUUCCGACAAUGAAUUAGUUCCUGGUACCGCCUACGGUUAUACUUUUGAGACCUUCACAGCCAAUGUACCUUAUUACUUGGCUUGGUUGGUCAAGACCAUCCAAGAAUUAGGUGGUCGUAUCGAACGUGGUACCUUUGAAAGUAUCGCUGAUGCUAUCGAACAUUACAAGGAGGCUGAUACUAUUGUUAACUGUACUGGCUUGGGUUCUUACUAUCUUAAGGAUGUACAAGAUCAUACCAUGUAUCCCGCUCGUGGGCAAACUGUUGUUGUUCGUGCUCCCCAUAUCAAGACUCAACACUAUAUCGACGGCAACAAUCAAUGGACUUAUAUUAUUCCUAGAUCUGAUGGUACAGUCAUUUGUGGUGGUACUUUAGAUCGUGAAAAUAGAAACACAGCACCCGAUGAUGCUAUCACUGCUGAUAUCUUGGAACGUUGCUACAAGUUAUGUCCCGAGAUCACUCACGGUAAAGGUGUGUCUGCCUUUGACAUUGUGUCCAUCAAUGUUGGUUUCCGUCCUGGACGUACCGGUGGUAUCCGUUUAGAAAAGGAGACUCGUCGUCGUUCCAACGGUGACAAGGUGAAGGUGUGCCACAACUAUGGUCACAGUUCUCACGGUUAUCAAUCUAGUUGGGGAUCUAGUGCCAAGUUAGUUGAAUUAGUCAAGAACGAACGUCUUUCCAAGUUGUAAAAAAAAUAUAUAUAUAUGUUUAAUAAUAAUAAUAAUAAAAAAAAAGUUUGUCUUUC